CUGUAAUCAUGGUAAUGGGUGGGUUGGAACCCGUUAAGGUUAUAAAGCCGGGGGAAGAUGCAAGAAUAUCAUUCAAAGAAUCCAAACAGUUGAAUUGGGUUUUAUUUAAACUUGUGUGUUGAUUGAUGAUUGUGAUCUUUGUGAUACAAAACGCUCUGAAUUAGAAAGCUAAUGAUAGAUCGUGAGGAUGGAGAAUGCCGUUGAAAUCAAAACAUCUGUGACCAGCAUCGAUGACAAUGUCAAUGAGAAAUCAGACGAUCACAUCAAUGAUGUCAAAGACGAUCACAAUGACGAUGAAGAAGAACCAAUCGUGCUCCAUGAUGACGAUCAAUGUGAAGCUAAAGACCUCGGCCAGUCUAAUAACGGUUUCGAUGACGAGACCGAUCUGGUUGAUGAAGAGGAGAAUAAAAGUACCAAAGAAGAUAACACAGAGGAGGAGGAAACUGGGAGCGUGACCGGACAAAGUAGAACGGAGAAAGGAGACAAUACGCCUAAUUCAGAAAUUGAUUCUACAUGUACACUGAAUCCAGCAAAUGUUAUCACAACUCAACCAAGCUCAUCGGCCAAGGAUGCCGGAAAGACCACAGCAGCAGCUGUAAGCGACAUCGAUGUCGACAUAGAAGAAAGUUCAAAGCUCGAAUACGAAUUGGCCAUCGUCCCCGGGGCAUGUCUAUCCGCUUCGGCGGGGGUGGGGUCAGCUUCAAAGGACUUGUGUGACGGGUUUACCAAUCUAGAAUGCAGGUAUCCAAACGUUGGCUGUGAGCUGUCCUGUGGAUGUGACGAUGGUUUGCAGCUCGUAACCGACUGCACGAUGGAACUCUGCAGCGCAAAUUGUAUUCUCGGUUGCCUCGGUUUCUCGCUUGGCCUCGCCUUGGAUACCAAGGCCACAUGGAACCAAGAUGGCGUCGAGUUUGAGGUCUUAGGGACUGGCAUCGAGACAUCACAGGGAAGGGUCUUUCGAGUGCUCGGAUCAGGGAUUGGUAUCAUUGACAGUGAAAAGAGAGAAACCAUGAAAUUGAAGAAGAAAGCGAAAGAAGCCAGGAAGGCAGCAGAGAAAGAAAAGGAUAAAACGACUGAACUCGAGAAAUGUGACGAAGAUAACACUGCUGAAGAACUUAAAAACUAAUUCAAAACUUUCCUCUUCCAUGGCUUUAAAUUCAUUUCCUGCACAACGUUAUAUUAAACUGUGGAAUAACUUUUAUCACGGUAUCAAACGAAGCUCAACUCUUUCUAAGUUCGAACUCACUUUAUAAAGAUUUUAUUUUUCAAAAUAAAAUGCAUUCUGAGUACAUUUGCAAUGUUAUAGUCUUAUCAUUUUCUCUUUAUCUUAUUGCCUUUCUCCUCUCUAAAAUACAUACUACAAUUCUCCUCUCAUUUUCUUUUCAAUAUUCUAAUUCAAGUUCUUUCAUAACUCGACCUCAUCACUUCUUCUAUUUAUUGUGCAUGCAUGUGUGUAGGGGUGCAUUUUAAACUGGUUGUAUAAAUGUCUUUCUGAAUGAAUGUGAAUUUAUUUCAUUUUAUGUUAAUUUAUAUGUUGGAACCUGUUUGCAAGCAGUAUGCUUUUGGUAACCCUCCAUUUUAUAUCUUUAUAUAUCAUGUCAAUACUAUAUUAUAUUUACAAUGUAUGCUGACUUUCUUAAGAUGGAAAAUAAAUUUUAAUCUGAAAUUAAAAUUAUUAAUAACAUCUAUCUUGCAGAUAACCUUUCCCAAAUGGUGUUAAUCACCAUUUCGAGCUUUCGUGGGUCAUCCUGUGCAAGCCUGUUGUUAUAAUGCUACUGUAUAUGUUAUGGUUACUUGCCAAAUAAAAUCAAUCAAUCAA